AUGCGGUCACUUGACGCUGCCUCCCGCCAGGAGGCCAGAGAUCCGGUUAACUUUUUGGAGAUGCUGCGGAAGCAGAUAGACGCGAACCUUGCCCACCACAAGCCUGGUGACUGCCCACUGACCAAGAAAGACAUACUCGACUUAGGGCAGUUGCAGAAGGAGAUAGAGUUUCAAGAGGAUAUACACGGAAAAGGAAUUCAAGUUAGCCAUUUGUUUCACAACACGUCUCCCGCGAUCUUGUAUGAAGAGGCCCUAAAGAACGAAGCCAUGACGUUCAUCUCCAAUACAGGGGCCCUCUGCGUCUCUUCAGGCCUUAAGACGGGCCGCUCCCCAGGGGACAAGAGGAUUGUGGAGGAGCCAUCUUCGAAGGAUGAUAUCUGGUGGGGAAAGGUCAACAUGCCUUUCGCGGAGAGGGCGUAUUUGACGAACAGGGAGAGAGCUGUUGACUUUCUGAACUUGCAGGAGCAGCUGUACGUCGUGGAUGCCUUUGCUGGGUGGGAUAAAGAGUUUCGGGUGAAGAUCCGCGUCAUCACGAGUCGAGCUUACCACGCUCUCUUCAUGCAAAACAUGUUGGUGAUGCCCACAAAAGAGGAGCUGGCAGCCUUUGAGCCGGAUUUUACGAUAUAUAAUGCUGGCUGCUUCCCGGCAAAUCGGUUUACCGAAGGUGUGACUAGCCAGACUUCUGUUGCACUUCAUCUGGGAAAACGUGAGAUGGUGAUUCUGGGCACACAGUAUGCCGGCGAGAUGAAGAAGGGGAUCUUGACAUUGAUGAUGUAUCUUAUGCCGAAGAGGGGCCAGCUGCCGCUUCAUUCAUCGUGCAAUGUUGGACCGAAGGGCGAUGUUACGCUCUUCUUUGGGCUAAGCGGCACCGGCAAGACCACUUUGUCCGCGGACCCGCGUCGCGAGCUCAUCGGAGACGAUGAGCACGUGUGGACAGAAAAGGGUGUGUUCAAUAUCGAGGGAGGUUGCUACGCAAAGUGCAAGGACCUAAGCAGAGAACAGGAACCGGAGAUAUACGACGCUAUCAGGUUUGGUGCUGUCCUGGAGAACGUUGUGCUAGAGGAAAGCGAGCGCAGAGUGGACUACACCGAUUGCAGCAUCACGGAGAACACGCGAUGCGCUUAUCCCCUAUACUAUAUUCCAAAUGCCAGGAUUCCAGCGUGUGUCGACACGCACCCGAGCAACAUCAUCUUGCUGACGUGCGACGCGUUCGGCGUCUUGCCCCCAGUAUCCAAGUUGACCCCUGAGCAAGUCAUGUAUCAUUUCAUUUCCGGGUAUACCAGCAAGAUGGCUGGAACUGAAAUGGGAAUCCUUGAGCCAACGGCCACGUUUUCUGCGUGUUACGGAUCGCCGUUCCUGGCUAUGCACCCCAUGGUGUAUGCUGAGAUGCUGUCAAAGAAGCUCCAAGAACAUAACGCCAAUGCAUGGUUACUGAACACUGGAUGGAUCAGCGGAGGCUACGGCAUGCCAGCCGGACGCCGUAUCCCUCUCAAAUACACUCGCGCUAUGGUCGACGCUAUCCACGACGGAUCCCUCGCGAAGGCAGAGUUUGAGGAGAUGCCAGUGUUCAAGUUGCUUGUGCCAAAGGGAGUGGCGGGUGUGCCGGAAGAGUUGCUUUUGCCCCAGAAGGCCUGGAAGGACACCCAGGAUUUGGAUCGGCAGGUGAAGAAACUUGCAGGGCUUUUUGUGGAAAACUUCAAGCAGUACCACGACAAAGCCACGGCUGAGGUUAUUCAGGCGGGGCCAAAUCUUUAG